AGCAAGUCAGCAACGGUAGAAAAAGUAGCAAAAGGAAUUUGAUCUGAGAAAAAACAUAACCCUAAUCGGAAACCAAGAUCUAAAACAACAAUGGCAGCGUCCGCAAUGGUGCUCGAUCCUAAGCCUGCGGCCAUCUCCGAACCGCCGCCGUCUCAUCCUGCCGUCAAAUCUGAUAUUCCCACCGUCGAUGAGGAAGAUUUGUACGGACGGCUUAAAUCCUUGCAGCGCCAGAUCGAAUUCAUCGAUAUUCAGGAGGAAUACGUCAAGGAUGAAUUGAAGAACCUAAAGCGGGAGCUUCUGAGGGCGCAGGAGGAGGUGAAGCGGAUUCAGUCUGUGCCAUUGGUAAUUGGCCAAUUCAUGGAAAUGGUUGACCAGAACAACGGCAUCGUCGGCUCUACCACUGGCUCGAAUUACUACGUCAGGAUCCUGAGCACUAUCAACCGAGAGCUACUCAAACCCUCCGCCUCCGUGGCGCUGCACCGUCAUUCCAACGCCUUGGUUGAUGUGCUGCCCCCGGAAGCUGACUCCAGCAUCUCCCUGCUCAGCCAAUCCGAGAAGCCCGAUGUUACCUACACUGAUAUUGGUGGAUGUGAUAUUCAAAAGCAAGAGAUUCGUGAAGCUGUUGAGUUACCUCUCACGCACCAUGAACUGUACAAGCAGAUUGGUAUUGAUCCUCCUCGCGGUGUGUUACUUUAUGGUCCACCUGGUACAGGAAAGACCAUGCUUGCAAAAGCUGUAGCCAACCACACAACUGCAGCUUUCAUUAGAGUGGUGGGUUCAGAGUUUGUUCAAAAAUAUCUUGGAGAGGGUCCUAGAAUGGUCCGCGAUGUAUUUCGUCUUGCCAAGGAGAAUGCACCUGCAAUUAUCUUUAUAGAUGAGGUAGAUGCCAUUGCAACAGCACGUUUUGAUGCUCAAACUGGAGCUGAUAGAGAGGUUCAGAGGAUUCUGAUGGAGCUUCUAAAUCAGAUGGAUGGAUUCGAUCAAACUGUGAAUGUAAAGGUCAUCAUGGCUACUAAUCGUGCGGACACUUUGGACCCCGCACUUCUCCGUCCUGGUAGACUUGAUCGUAAAAUUGAAUUUCCUUUGCCUGAUAGGCGUCAGAAGAGACUUGUUUUCCAGGUUUGUACUGCCAAGAUGAACUUAAGUGAUGAAGUUGACUUGGAAGACUAUGUCUCUCGGCCCGAUAAAAUAAGUGCUGCUGAGAUUGCGGCUAUAUGCCAGGAGGCGGGUCUGCAUGCUGUGAGGAAAAACCGGUACGUGAUACUUCCUAAGGAUUUUGAGAAAGGAUACAGAAGCAAUGUGAAGAAGCCAGACACUGAUUUUGAGUUUUACAAGUAAUUGCAGUUGGUUUUCAUGUUGUUAGUAGUUAUUGUAUAACAGUGAGAUCAUCUAUGUAUGGUGUUAAAUAUAUGAGUUGAACACUUGGUUGUGUUAAUUUAAUUGAAUAGAUAUUAAUGGUUGGUAGAUGAAAUGGUUGGGUUUUGUGUGGGAAUUUUGCAAUGCAGCUAAUGAAGAGAAGUUAUCUUUAGUUGAAAGGAAGAAUUGGAUUGGAGGGGAAAAUGCAAUUGGUGUGCAGAUUCUGUGUGUGGGCUCCCUUCCCAUGUGAAAGAAAGUGCUGUGUGUUUGAUUAUGAUUAUGAUUAUGAUUAUGAUUAUGAUUAUGAUUAUGAUUAUGUGACAAGUCCAAGUCGCUGUAUUUGUACA